CACUUUACAGCUUUAUACUUUAUUACAAAAACUUACUUGCAACCUUCUAUUGUGAAUCCGUGACCAAUUUAUUUUCACAUAUACUGGUGACACUUGGCUAUGGCUGAAGGUAGUUCAGCACGAGUCGAGGUGAAAAAUGUCCCUCCAGGCAUUAAUGAUUUCAAGUUGACAACUCAGCUCAAGCAAUCAGUAGGAAAUGAUUCAAUUAAGAUCGAUAAAAAGAAAGAUAACGAUGGGAACAAAGUUUUUGAAAUCGUGUUUCCUAAUUUUCGAGAUGCUAAAUCUUUUGUUCACCGCGGCAUCAAUGUUAGGUUUGGUGGAAAAGAAUGGAAAUUAGAAGUCAACCUUGUAGAAGGUCAUGCACCAAAGGCCAGUCCAACCAACACUGAGGAUGCCUUUUUAAACGCAAUGGAACCUGAUAUUGUGGUGGAUGAUGCCAAUGCACCUUACACAUGGUCUUCAUUGGUAGAACAAUAUGGAAGAAUGCCGAUAGCUCCUGGAACAAAGUGUGUGAUUGUGCGUGAAAAUAACAGCGACGACUUUACUCCGCAAUCGCUUAACUUAUAUUUCCAAAAUAAAAAGCGUUCAGGAGGUGACAAGAUCAAAAACAUGAUAAAAAUGGUGGAUGGAAUGCUCAUACAAUAUGAGGAUAAUGCAGUUGCUGAAGUUGUGGCAAAGAAACAACAUAGUCUAGCAAACAAAGACAUCCUGACCUAUCUUCGUACUGUACCAAGCCUAAGUGACAAAAUUCUUAUGCUUGAUAACAUCCCCAAAGACGAGGGCACAGAAGAAACUCUGCGGCUGCUGUUGGAAAACUGUGAUGAUCCAGAAUAUCGCAGCCCCUCAUUAAUAACUAGAGGAGAAAAUCCUGCGCAGUGUAUGGCGAUAUAUGAAGAACCAAUGGACAUGGAAAGACUGGCAAGUAAGGUUCGGCAAAAACUACUUGAAGGUCAACAGCUCAAAGCACACCUUCUCCCUGGCACCAACUGCAUAAAAAUUUGCGGGGAAAUAAAAUCUCUGAGUAAUGAUGCAAUUCGACUGAACAUGGAGAAUUUUAGACGAUCAAAAGGUGGAGAAGUGACCCUUGUUCAAAGAUGUGGGGACAAUAUUGCUCUCGUCUGCUUUGCAGAGUGCUAUGUGGCAGAACGUGUUGUCCAGAGUUGGUCUGAUCAACAAAUGGUUAUCAGUAAAGUACCUGUCACAGUGAGUCUAUAUUACCAUUGCUUUUCAAAACUCCACUUGUACGUUGGAUCCAAUAAAGCAUCACUCGUUUCUGAACAAUCAGAAGGUGAAAUUGAUGAGCAACAUAGAGAAGGGGGUAAACAAGUGUUUAGGUACACACCAAAGUGUCCAGAAGUAGUUGAAUACCUGAAGCACAACCAGGAACAGUUUGACAAAUUUGAGAAGGUUCUGGAAGGAAUGGCUGAUGUCAAAUGUGAAUUUAAGGAUCAGAAACUGUGUGGGAUUAUUGUGACACCAAAAGAAGACCAGAAGUCACAGAGUGAAGUUGAAAAAAAGUAUAAUGUUGCACUUGAUUCCUUCUUUGCUCAAUUUACCAUGCUUGAAGCUCACUUUGAUGAAACUAAGCUUGCUGAUUUAAGAAAACGAAACAACUGGAAAGCAAAAGAUAAAUAUGUUACCUUGAAAUCAAGUGGAGAGAAUAUCAAAGUACUUUUACGAUGGAUACCUCCUAUUGUGCAGAUCAUUGGCUCUGUUGAGAAUGUUGAAAAUGCAAGACAGAUACUGGUUAAUUUGACACAUGCAGAGAGCCAGGUUAUGUCUUUAAAAGAAAGAAUCUUUAGGGCUGUUGUUGAAACUGGUUGCUUGGAGGAAAUGAAACAAAUAUAUCCACAUCUCUCUAUAACACCGGAGUAUGAUUCUCAUCAACUUAAACUGUUUGGAACCCAAGAAGACAUCAGUGCUGGCAAAAUGCAAAUCUAUCAAUUUGCACAGAAUAUAGAAGAGGAUGUUUUGAAGAAGCUCGGAAAACAUCAGAGGCAAUAUUUGCUUAUGCAGCUUCAGCAUGAAUCUACAAAUACAAACAGCAUUAAUAUUCGAGCUUUGGUGCAAGCUAAAUUUCAAGAAAAGAAAAUUAAAGCUUCAAUAAGCCUGAAGAAUAAUGAUGAAGUGGUUUUGAGUUACUUUCACGAAAACGAGCACAAGAAUGCGAUAUCUACUUUGGAAACCUUGAUAUCUUCAAGAUCAGUAAAACUAACUGACCGUGAAAUGGAUGCUAUCAAUACUAAAGAGUGGAAGAGAAUGGAAGAAAAUAUUUGUGCAACUGGCUCAAGAUCUAUAUUCAUGGACGAUAAACACGUUAUAAUUGCUGGUGUGGCGUCCACCCUGGAUGAAGCCAGGACAGAGUUGAUGAACUGCAUUGAUGAGAAUUGUGUUCGAGAGGUUGAGAUCAAAUCUACGAAGUUGAGACUUCGAGUUUUCAUGGAGUUUGAUGAUAUUGUGAAGCAGCAAUUACAAGGCAUCAAGUAUAAUGUAACUACACUGGAUGAUGGAUCUAUGAAUGGAGUUCAUAUUGAGGGCAAUAAAGCACAAGUAGAAAAAGCGGAUCCUCUUGUCCGUGAUCGUUUAAAAGGUUAUGUGCAAAUGUCACCAUUGGUUUUAAGAGAUCCAGGAAUUCCUGAAUACUUCAAAACUACCAAGGCUAAGAAGUUUGUGGAACAGACAGAGAGAGAUACCAAGUGUUGCAUUGUUCUUAAUGCUAGUGAAGAUGAAGUUUCAAAGAAGGUUGCAGCAACACCAGUCGUGAUUCCUACAUCUGCCAAACCUAAAGCAUGUGUGCAACUUCCAAAAUCUAAUGUUAAUAUUAGAGUGUUUAAAGCUGACAUCACAGAACAUAAGUGCGGAGCUUUUAUAAAUGCCUCCAACGAUAUGCUAGAGUUGCGAGAGGGUGGUGUGUCCGGAAAUAUUCUUCAUAAAGGUGGUGCAAGCAUCAAAGGUGAGCUUGAUAAACUGAGACAACAGAAUAUAGGAAUGUUCCUUCCUGGUGAUGUCAGAUCAACAACUUCUGGAAGUCUUAGGAACUGCAAGAGGAUUAUUCAUGUCGUUGGCCCAGACUGGAAAAAGUCAUCGCAUUCGAAUAACUGCAACUAUUUGAAAGCAUGCGUUCAUGGUGCUUUAGUGGAAGCAGAUAAGCACAAGCUUGCAUCAGUAGCAAUACCAGCUGUCAGUUGUGGGAUUUAUGGUGGAGUGCCUAGUGUUUGCAUUCGCUUGAUUGUUGAAACAAUACAACAAUAUUUCACCGGAAAUAAGUCCAAAGUUACCAUGGUUGAUCUGAUUGAGAACUCUAAGGAUGACGUGAUCAACUGUUUCAUGGAGGAAGUAAAGAAAUAUCCAGCAAGUAAUACAGAUCAACAGGAAGAGCAGUCUUACACACAAGCUGCACCUCAUUCUUCAAAGUCAUCAAAGAAAAAAAAGGCACAGUCAGCACAUUCGGAUAACACAAGGAUUGGAAGUCUAAAUGUUGAAUUAUGCAACGGGGAUAUAACACAGGAUUCAUCAGAUGUAAUUGUCAACAGUACAAACUCAAACUUUGAUCUUAGAAAUGGUAAAGUGUCUCCUCAAAUUUUGAAGAAAGGAGGAAAUGUGAUUAGUCAACAGUGUACCCAGAAUAAUCACCCAUUGAAUAAGCCUAAUAUGAGAAUAACAGAUGGUGGAAAGUUGAAGUGUAAACAAAUCAUUCAUGUGGUGGUACCUGUUAAUCAGAUGCAGAUUGAACAGGUGGUGUCACUGAUACUUGAAACUGUGGAUGCACUACACAAGUCAGUUGUUGCUCUUCCAGCUAUUGGGACAGGAAAUUUAAACAUAUCUCCAUCAAAAGUUGCGCAAUACAUUCGUACCGGGAUAGUAUAUUACACUGCCAACCACAAUCCCUCCCACCUGAAAACUGUUAAGGUGGUUGUCUUCCAGCAAAACAUGAUGCAGGAUUUCCACACAGAGCUGUUUAGGCCAUGGUCACCAACUCAAGGGACAAAUGCAUCAACAAGUGAAGAACCGGGUAUUUUGCAAAAAGGUGUAAACUACAUGAAGUCUAUGUUGUAUGGAGGCUCCAGCAAAGAAAGUUCUGUUGACUUGGAAGAGUUUGGUAACUCAGUUUCCAUCACAUUUUGUGCAACUGAAAAGUCCAAUGUUAAUGAGGCACAGCAGGCAAUAACAGCUCAUGUACAAGAAGUAACGGAUGUUUGCUUUAUUGAUGAUGAUGUCAUUGGUAAGUUGGGUGAAGAGGAACGGAAAGAAAUAAAAGACUUGGAGAAGAACUUGAAUGUAAAAAUCACCAACUCAAGCACUAAACACUUAAAGAGACUCGUGAUAAAAGGGUUGCAUGAGAAGACCCUACAAGCCAAGAUAGAAUGCAUGGGUAUAAUAAGAGAGUUUCAGGAGGCAGAAAAUGUCUCACAAUAUGUUACAUGGGAGUAUGUUGGUCAAAACAAAGGCAUGGUUGGGUUUUCCAAGAAAGCAAAUUUGCAAUUAGAAAAUACUUUUAAAACUGAUUCCUCAAGCAAAUGUACAGUAUCACUUGGAAAAGGAAAACAGAUGACGGUUACUUUUAAAGAUAUGACAGGGAAAUUUAUAAAUUCUGGACACACAACUGAGAUUAUGAGGCGGAAUAAGUCGGAAGAAAGUUUACCUUCUCAUUGGUCACCAAUGGGAGACAAGCAUUUAGAUAAAGUAUUGGUGCCGGUAAACACUUCGGAGUACCAGAGAGUGAUGACACAAUAUGGAGCAGGGGGAAAGUUUCAUAACACUGUUAUUUCUCUUGAAAGAAUACAACACACUUCCCAAUACAAGCAAUUUGUUGCUAAAAAACAAGAGGUUACAAACAAAAUGACAGCUUCUGGAAUUAUAAACCAACAACCUGCAGUUCGUGAGCUGUACCAUGGAACUUCAGCAGACGUAGCAAGCAAAAUCUUUACACAAGGUUUCGACAGAGGAUUCGCUGGAAGUGCAAAUGCACAUGCAUAUGGAAAGGGAGUCUACUUUGCUUUGAACGGCCAAUACUCGCAUGGAUAUGCCAGACCAGAUGCAAAUCAGCACAGGAGAAUGUUUCUUGCAGAUGUGGUGACUGGGGAAUAUUGUGUUGGAACCAGCAACCUUAUUACCCCUCCUGUUAAACCGAAUUCUUCAAGCAAAGCCGAUCUUUACGACAGUGUUGUUAACAGCUUAAACACGCCUUCUAUAUAUGUGGUUUUUAAAGACGCAAGUGCAUAUCCCAAAUACUUGCUCACGUACACAUAAUACAUCACAAAUGAAGAACUAAAAGUGUUACAUUACUGUAGUCUUCGAUAUGCUUCUGUAAUUUAAAUUAACCCACUUCACCUUAACGUAGCGCAAAUCAAUAAGUUAAUAAAAUCAUUCGGACGCCAAAUUUCUUCACGUCGCUGAUCAUUAUGUGUGCGUUGUAAACAUGCGCGUUUACACAGUGAUGGUAAAGUAUACAAACCGUUCAUCAUUAAUGCUUGUUGUUACGUUGUAACUUAUUCUGUAAUCCAUUAGCUGAUUUUGCGUUUGUAAAUAGAUAGCUUUUCAUGCGCGAAAUAUACUUUUUACCGUUAACAUUAACAGUAUUUAUAAAGUAGUAUAAUUCGUAUUGGCAAUAAAUGCGUAAAUUUUA